UGCGAGUGUACGACCACUCCCCUCUCGCUAAACAUGCCUUUCUUCUCUCGGCUUCUUCUUCUUCUUCUUCUGUCUUUUACCUAACCCUUCUCCCUCUCUCUCUCUCUCUCUCUGCAACUUUUCAGACAUGAAGCGCAAUGGCGAUCCUCUUAUCUUAAAUCUCAGAUGUGAAACCAACAUCAAAAACAAAACCAAAACAAAAAGUAAUUUUGACAAAAACACCAUUAAAAGCAGCAGCAGCAACAGCAGUAGCAACAACAACAAUAACAAUAGACGAACUUUCUUUGAACUCUCUUUACCUUUGAUCAUCUCACUCUGGUGCUUUCUCUUUUUGUUCUACUCCAAACUCGGCCUCAGCCAUGAAAAUGGGGGGAAUAAGUUGGCUCCUAUCAAAAGAAGCACAAUCUGCUCAGGUGUCUGCAACGAUUCAGAUGCAUAUUCAUAUCAAAGCAAGAAUUAUACAGGAACGGAGAGACUAGGAGAUGUGGUCUGGAAAGUUUUAGGUUACAAGCCUUUAGUAUGUGAAUUAAAGCAAAAAGAAGGGAGUAGAGAUAAAAGAGAGCUGCCGGAUGUGAAAACUUGUCAUUCAACUUAUCUGAAAUUCGACAAGUUCCGCAAUAUAACAAGGCAGGAAAAGGCUUUGGAGACAUCAAACCAGCUUGCUAAUAUCACCCACCGUCUUGAACUUGAUGGUACAGAAUACAACUAUGCCUCUGCAAUGAAGGGUGCAAAGGUGGUAGCUCAUAAUAAAGAAGCAAAAGGAGCAAGUAACAUACUGGGGAAGGAUCAUGAUAAGUACCUGAGGAAUCCUUGUUCUGUAAGAGAGUUUGUUGUGAUUGAACUUGCAGAGGAGACUCUUGUUGAUGCUGUCAAAAUUGCAAAUUUUGAGCACUAUUCUUCGAAUUUCAAGCAAUUUGAGUUGUCAGGGAGUCUAAAUUAUCCAACUCAAGUGUGGUCUCCUUUAGGAAGUUUUGUUGCUGGAAAUGUCAAGCACAUUCAACCUUUUAAGCUGCCCGAACCAAAAUGGGUUAGGUACUUGAAGUUAAAUUUACUUAGUCAUUAUGGGUCAGGAUUUUACUGCACAUUAAGUGUUGUAGAAGUAUAUGGGGUGGAUGCAAUUAAAAGGAUGCUGGAAGAUCUUUUUGUGGCAUCUGAAGAAGCUGUUCCUGCUAAACUUCCAAUGCCUGAAUUGACCACAGCACCUUCUUCAAAACAAGAAGUGGAUUCUGUUGAUGGUAAGAAAAAUGGUGAAGCUCAAGUUGGAGCUGCAACUGCUACUAGUGCGGCAGAAAAAGUAGAGGAUACCCGAAAGCUCAAUGAAGAUGUGACAAAGGAGUCAAUGAGCAUGGCAAAGAUUCCUGAUCCAUUAGUAGAAGUUAGACAACAGUCUGCUGGCAGAAUGCCAGGUGAUACUGUUCUGAAGAUCUUGAUGCAGAAAGUGAAGUUGCUUGAGCAAAAUUUAUGCAUGCUGGAGGAGUAUAUUAGGGAAUUGAACAGAAGACAGGGUGAUGCUUUAUCGGAGCUAGAUAAAGAGCUAACAAGAAUUUCACUACUCCUGGAAAAAAGCAAAGAAGAAACCCGAGAUCUAAUGGCAUGGAAGGAGAUAAUGGAAAAGGAAUUUGCAGAGCUUGAGUCAUGGAAAGCUAUUGUCUCCUCUCGCUUGGAUUUAUUGGUUAGAGAAAAUGGCAUUCUAAGAUCAGAACUUGAAGAAAUUAGUAAAAAACAAUCAAAUCUUGAGAGCAAAGAGCUUGCAGUGCUAGCAGUAAGUCUUUUCUUUAUGUCCUUGUCAAUUGUGAGGCUAGUUUCAUGGCGGGUUUUGGCCAUCUUUGGAGCGACUCAACCAGAGAAGGUUUGCCAGUCGAGUAGGGGUUGGCUUCUCACACUUCUCAGCAGCAGCAUGACACUCUUCAUUACCUUACUUUCGAGCUAGGACAUGGCUGGCUCAAAAAGCAGAAGGUAGAGCCCCUCCUUUUUGUAGUUAUGGUAGAAAACAAUUCUUCAGUCUGGCUCAGUUUAGUACGUGAAAAUGUUUGUUAAUUUUUAUUUUUAAAUUUACAUAUAUUUUAUGUACAAAAUUUUAUAAAUUAAUUAACA